AAAGAUGUUCAUGUGUUUGUGUUUCAAAGUUUACUUUGGAAACAAUGAGCUCAAAUAUACAAUGUGAUAACUAAGUAGCUUAGAAAAUGGCUGCGCUGUUAUGUGGUAGUACCCCAUCUGGUACCCGAACGCAAUGCACAGGGAAAGACAAUCAUGACCGACUGAUGGCCCUGUAUCAUACUGGAACAGAUGUAAAGAGGCAUUUGUUACAAUAUCAUCUUUCACAGAAAAAUCUAGAUUUAGCUGAUUACCUGUAUGGAAGGUAUCAAUUUCUUCAACCUGAUGACAUAAAACGUGCCCUCCGAACAAAAAAUAUCCAACUUUCAGAUUUAGGGAUUUACUCAAUUGACACACUGUUGUCGGAUCAAUGUUUUGACUUAUUCUGGGACAGCUGUUUAGAUAAGGAUAAAACGAGUCUUGAAAAUAUCCUAAAUAGAUACAAAGAGCAUUUAUAUAGCCUUUACAAAACAAGUGGCAGUGAUCAUAACGGAUCUGCAAGAAACGCAAGGAAGCGGGAAUAUUUAUCAAAAAAACAAUGGGAAUGUUUGUAUAAAGGUCCAGAGGACAUAACGGAAAAUGAUGUUCAGCUAUCAUUAACUUUUCCAAACAAAGGACUAAUAAUACAAUCUUUCGAUGAUGAUAUGAAUUUUGUUCUUUUAAGCAAUGUGUGUCCGUUAUAUCAGUCGUUACAACUUGUAACAACAAAUCAAAUAAAGCUAUCAAGGAUCGCUGUUGAACAUGAAACAAACAACGAGACCUUCGACGAAAUAUGGAAGCUAAUGGCAACGCACUUAAAACCUAUCAGCAGCUAUUGUAACUGUGACACUCAUUUUGACCACAAACUUGAUUGGAUCAAGAAAGGUACAUUUAAGUGUAUACAAGUACAAGAGAACCGGAAACUUAUUUUGGAAUCUACUUUUGACAACAAAACUUUUUCAGAGGAUGCGGAAUUUAUGACUCGUGUACAGAGAGAGUUGAAUCUGAUUGAAACUGAAUACACAAAAGAUCUCGUAUCGAAACAUUGUGAUAAGGAAAUACAUGUUGUGCUAGUACAUGGACAAUAUGUAGCUGGAAGUUACCCAUUAUCAAUUGAAAAGGCUACUAGACAAGACUUAGAAAGUUGCCAAUCUGUUUGCAGCAGACAGGUAUUUCAUUACAAUAAUUAA